CUCGUAUACCGGUAGAAGAGGAACGCGUGUGUGAAAAAGCAAAUCAUAAUAAUCAAAACCGCGGUAUGCUGCGCGAGCAACUGACCAAAUGUAUCGUUUUAAUAAUAGCCGGUUCGUGCCUCGCUCGAGAUGCCCAAAUCGUCGACCAAUGGGCGGAAAAUCUCGGCACCGAACUCCUCGAGCUCGCCAACGCUGUGGGCCGACCAGACGAACUCAUCGAAGCAAAAAUACAAAACUAUGAAUGCAAUCGUGGUGGAAAAAUCUGGGGAAGAACUGAUCGACAUAAUAAGCGAAAGUGUCGGUAGGAUGCUCAGAAGGAAGAUGGACGCAGUUCGUUGCAUUUUGAAAGUAGCGGAGGCCGCCGCCGAAGAAUACGUUCGAGAGGAGAACGAAAACGUAACUUACGUAUCCGGAAAGUACAGCAACGUCAUAGACAUGCCAGAAACUUCGACGCCUCAAAGUAUAAGGAGAAACUAUAGCACUUUUAGGGACAUGGAACUCACCUCAGAUUCUCAUUUCUACAAUAUCCCAGUGAAUACAAAUUAUUCGUCGGUUCAUGUGCCAACGAACGUGUGGGAUUUGGGUCCGGCGGUGAUCGAAGCGAUCGAUUGGUCCGAAGCACUCGAUGAUAUAUUUCGACAAAAUUAUAAAUCAGAUCCGGCUCUCUCCUGGCAAUAUUUCGGUUCUACGACCGGAGUGCUGCGACAGUAUCCCGCGAUGCAAUGGAGAACUGACCGCGGUGCUGAUGGUCAUCCGGUUGUUGAUCAGUACGACUGCCGAACGAGAAGUUGGUUCAUCGAGGCUGCAACCUGCAGCAAAGACGUCGUCAUACUCGUCGACGUCAGUGGAAGUAUGGAGGGAAUGGGUCGUACGAUAGCGAUCGCAACGGUCUCGUCUAUUUUGGACACUCUUUCGAAUAACGACUUCGUGACGAUACUUCAGUACACGAACGAGACGGACGAGAUCGUGCCAUGCUUCAAGGACAAACUCAUUCAAGCGACACCAGAAAAUCUGAAAACUUUUAAGGAAAAGCUUCAGGAUAUGGAUCCCGGUGAAGCAGCCAAUCUCACGUGGGCCUUCACCAGAGCGUUUAACCUCUUGAAAAACUAUAGCGAUGCGAGAGGCUGCGAUACUGAGACCCCCUGCAAUCAGCUGAUUAUGCUCGUCACCGAUGGCGUUGCUUCCAACGUAUCCGAGGUAUUUGACGACUGGAACAGGCAAGAAAACGGUACCAGGAUACCAGUGCGAGUAUUCACGUACCUUUUGGGCCGUGAGAUUUCUAUGGUACAGGAAAUCCAGCUGAUGGCUUGUCUCAACAGAGGCUAUUACACACACAUCAAAACCCAGGAAGAGGCGAGAGAACAGGUCCUUAAAUAUAUACCGGUAGUUGCAAGACCGCUGGUUCUGCAGGGCGACGUUCAUCCGAUAGUUUGGACCCACGUUUACGCGGAUGUUACGAAUCCAGCCCUCGCCACGUGGCUGUGGGUAGUGAUGGACCACGAGAAGCAAAAGGCACGUCUCGAGAAAGUUCAGAAAGGGAAACUGCAGGGUGUCGAGAUAAACGAGGAUGCGGUCUACAUUAAGCAGCUCGCAGAAGGCGAAAACCCUCGCUCGGAUCCUUCGAAGGUGAACACGACGCUCUGGCAAGAAUAUCGACUUUUAACUUCUGUCAGUAUUCCGGCGUUCGAUCGUAAAGGGAAUCGUAACAACAAUACGAGGAAAGCGAAUCUUCUGGGCGUCGCUGGCACCGACGUUCCCAUUGACGACAUUCGAAAAUUAACUUUGCCUUAUAAACUGGGUGUCAACGGCUAUGCGUUCAUCGUCUCCAACAAUGGUUACGUAAUUCUGCAUCCGGAUCUCCGGCCUGUCUCGCAGGGACGCUUGAAACUCAAUUACAACAGUAUCGAUUUAACGGAAGUGGAAAUUCUCGACGAUGGGAGAGGACCGAGAGAUCCCGGACCGGAAGUGUUGCAACUUCGAGCAGAGCUGGUCGAUCACAAACGCGGCAGUCUGAAAAAUAUUCCUGUGAAAUUACACUACGACGAUAAUCGUCGAGUGACUUUGGAAAAGAGAGAUUAUUAUUACGCACCGCUACCGGGCACUCCCUUUGGCAUCGCUAUCGCGAUACCUAAUUAUGGAAAAACGUGGAUAAAGGUCGAGGACGAAAUCCGCAAGACCCAACGAACGAACGACCUUUCGGACUUUUUUGUCGGUGAAAAUUGGAGAGUUCAUCCGGGUUGGGUUUACUGCAGAUUCCAUUAUUUGGAGGGACACGAAUUCGAGAAUUCUGAAACAGAAUUAAAACACUUUUUGCGGCUGCUCGGUCGUCCUGAUUGGAAAUGGUCAGACCAAUACGAGGCUUAUUCCAACACGAGUGACAACAACGAAGAACCCGAUUGCUACGACCAAGUACUCCACGACGACGAUUAUUACUGCAAUCAAGAAUUAAUGGAGCUUUUAAUCUUCGAUGCGAAAGCCACGAACAAAAGUUAUUCCGGCACAUUCGUCCAUCGCGAUCAGGCCACCAGAAGACUGGCGAACGCGUGGGGGGUUUUUUUGAGAUUCGUCGCCACGCAGAGCGGACUCACGCGAUGGCAAGACCUCGACGUUUCCAAAAUUCCACGCGGGAGAGAACAAGUAAAAUUUGGUGAUCUCUACCGACGUGCCGUUAACGAGCCCUGGUACAAAGGCGCCAUUUUUCAACAUGAAAUCGAUCACGACAGCAUUUCGAUUUCAGUGCCUUGGGAAGCCGGACCGACAGCUGUGGUGACUGUUUCAAUGGCAAUAUUUCCACGGGACGGAGGAAAAAAUGCAUCGGCAGCGGUGGUCGGUUUUCAAAUGCCGAUGACGACUUUCUACCAAAAAUUCAUCGACGUAACAUCGACGACGACGAAUCCGGACAUGAAUUGUGUUCACAAAUGGAUCGAUUGUUAUCUCAUCGAUCAAAACGGUUACGUCGUUAUUUCGGAAGCUCACAAUGACACGGGACGUUUUCUCGGAGUGGUUGAGGGUGCAGUGAUGAAGUCAAUGGUCGUCCAAGGGUUUUUCAAGGCUGUCGAGAUUUAUGACUACCAGGGGCUUUGUCAAGACUAUGUAAUAAGAAGCGACGCUUCCGGCAACUUUGGCAAUCCGUUUCGCUACGUGGGAAAAUUGCUAGUCUGGCUCCUCGGUCGAUUAUUAUGGAUGACAACGAAAUUCGUCAACUUGCCGGAAGCAUUCGCGAGAGUCCACUCGGACGAAGAUCUGCCCGAGCCUCCGCCCCCACCCAAAGAAGAGCCCGUUCCAUUCGCGUGCGAUCAGAAGAGAACUCUGUUCAUAAUGGAUCAGGAAGUUGCCGAAGAAAGAAUCACAAACUCCUCGUUGCAAUGCUCCAGGCCCUUCUACGCCCAGCGAGUACCAGCGACAAAUUUAUUGCUCCUGGUUGUUGACUCUAUGUACUGGACCUGUCACGAAAAAUUGGAAGUAACAGCAAAAAAUAUCGAUCCAUCGGAAUACCCAAACGGUACAGAACCUUCUCCCUGUCACAAGAAACACCUCAACGAUUUGCCCCGAAGACGGUUGGAGAACUGUUACGCUGAGCAUCCCCUGGAAGAGGAAAUUGAUGCCUGCGGACGAGCAACGACAUUGCCCCAUUUUUCCAUUCGCACAUCAUUAUUUAUUUUAUUUAUCAUUAAGCUCGCCCUGUGAGAUUCUUACGAAUCUGUGCAAAUAAACAUUUUUCAAACGUUUAAAAAAA